AUGGGUUCCAUCGUUCAGACCGGGUCGAGGGAGAACAGAUUGUUGUUCGAGGACGAGUACAGCCGGGAAGUCGAAGAGUACAUGCACGAGAUGGAGAACCAAACAUUAGCCUCGGCCGAUUUUAUCGACAUGCAACCCGAACUCCAAUGGUACAUGCGACCAUACCUCGUCGACUUCCUCAUCGAGAUCCACCAGCAGUUCCGACUCCGUCCCGAAGUCCUCUACCUCGCGCUCAACAUCGUCGACCGAUACGUCUCGAAACGGGUCGUCUACAAGAAGCACUACCAGUUGGUCGGGUGUUCGGCGCUCUGGAUGGCCAGCAAGUUUGAGGAUGCCAAGGAUCGGGUGCCGACCGUCAAGGAGCUGGCAGACAUGUGUUGUUCGGCUUAUGACGUGACGGCGUUCUUGCAGAUGGAGGGGCACCUGUUGCAGACCAUCGGAUGGACGAUCGGUCAUCCUACUGCCGAAGCUUGGAUGCGUCUCUACUGCCAAGGGACCCAAGAAUCCACCCAGGUCCAGCACAUUGCUAGGUUCAUCAUGGAGACCACCUUGUUCACCCGAGACUUUGUCGGUCUCAAGCCGAGCAACAUCGCUCGAGGCUGUCUGCUUAUGGCCAGGCAUAUCUGUGGGCUAGGGCCGAGAAUGGACUUGUGUCCGGGUGAGAAGGAGGUCAAGCAUGUGACGACCUGUUUGGACAUCGCGUUCAGCGAGAAUGCCAAGCACGUCUCGAAUAUUUGCAUCGAGAAGUACGCUCCUCACUAUUACAGCAAGGCCAGCACGUUGACCAUGCAAUACUACGCCAUGGGCCGACGAUACCGACCGGUCGAGCUUCCUCUCACCCCUGCCAACUGUCUGCCAAGCGGACUCGUCUCGGCCUGGUCUCGAAGGGAGAGCGACUUUUCCAACGGCAGCCCGAGCGGUCUCUACAGCACCAGCUCGAGUGAGUGCGGGGACGAGACCUUGCCCAAGACACCUUGCACGCCGGUGGGCGCUAUCAGCCCCGUCGACCCCUUCGUCGUACAGACCAUGUCGAUGAGCAUGACCUCGAUGCAUCAACAGGAUGCAACGACGAGUUCGGGAGGUACGAUGAAGGAGAAUGUCUUGCCUCCCGGGUACGAUGUCUUGGGACCGAAGAAGAGCCUGAACCCGAACGCCAACUCGAACCCGGCCGGCGCUCCUGGAUAUGUUGCGGCUUCGCAACAACGGGCCGCGCUCCAAUCGGUGCAUACGCAGGGACACCAGAUGCCCAUGCUGCGACGAUUGAGCAAUUAG